AACGGCUUACAUCCAUUUAAGCAUUCUAUAUAUCACUCACUCUCGUAAAACCCUCACCCGAUUGAAACCUUUCUAGGGUUUAGACUUGCACUCUCUGCACACUGAGAGAGAGGGAGGGAGGGAGGCAAACAAAGCUUACGGAACCUAGCGGAAAAGGUUGCAGCUAUGGCUUUCUUUAGUAAAGCUGGGAAUGUACUCAAGCAGACAGUGAACAAGCGCAUCAAUUCAGAAAUUUUUGGGUCGAACCCUUCCAUCUUCCAAAUGAUACGAUGCAUGUCAUCUUCGAAACUCUUUGUUGGAGGAAUUGCAUAUAGUGCAGAUGACACAAGUUUGAGAGAAGCUUUCAACAAGUAUGGAGAGGUCGUUGAAGCAAGAGUCAUUGUAGAUCGUGAAACUGGUAGGUCCAGAGGGUUUGGCUUUGUUACUUACACUAGUGGCGAGGAGGCUUCUGCUGCUAUCCAGGCCUUGGAUGGACAGGAACUUCAUGGCCGUAGAGUAAGGGUGAACUUUGCAAAUGAUAGACCACCACGAAGUGGAGGCUUUGGUGGUGGGGGCUACGGUGGUGGCGGCUAUGGAGGAGGUGGUGGCGGUUAUGGCGGCGGCGGCGGCGGUUAUGGUGGUGGUGGUUAUGGCGGUGGUGAUAGCUAUGGAGGAGGGGGCAGUUAUGGGAACUAUGGAAGUGGAGGUGGGUAUGGUGGCAACAAUUAUGGAAGUGGAGGCAGCAAUUUUGCCCAAGGUGGCACUUGUGCAGGUGGAACUGGAACUGACAGUGGGAGCAGUGGCAAUUAUAGCAGCCAGAGUUUGGGUGUUGCUGGAGGUGGUGGCGGCAGUGAUAACUAUGUUAGCGGUGUUGGCAGUGAUGGUGGAGUGAAUAGCAAUUUCGGAAGUAGUGGAUUUGAGGGAAGGGAUCAAUUUGGUAGCAAUGAGAGCAACAACAUGGCUGAUGCUUCUGAGGAUUUGGACGAAGACGAUCCCAUAGAGGGGAACUAUGGGAAUGAUGAUGAGCCUGAUGACUAUGCCAACAAAAGGGCCUGAAAAGACUAGCUUGAAAAACUCACAAUCAUUGAGUAUACUACCAAGUCUUGUUAAUUGCUUUUACCCCUCCCUCUCUCUCUCUCUCUUUCUCUCUCUCUUUCAAUGUGAACUGCUACUUAUUUUGUCAAUGUUGGAUUCAAGCUUGUAAACUCCUGUGCUACAGUUUUAACUUACUAUAAAAUUUUCUAUUGAGAACUGUUACCCAUGGCGGUUCAGGUAAAGGUCUUAAA